AAAGACGCGUCAAAUCUCCACUUCCCUUCCGUCUCUCUUUCUGCGGCUCUGCCCACUGAUUGUUUCUACUUCGCAUGCCGUUUGAUUUCCGAUCUCCUUUGUUUCUCUGCUCCUCCUUCUCUCUCGUCCAUGGCCUCCUCCUUGCCUUUCUCCGUUCCUCAAACCCUUCCCAAUUGCAUUUCCUCCCAUUCUAACCUCAAUUCACUUUGCUUUUUCUCGCCUCCUUCCAAUCUGCGUCUCCAUCGCCGGAUUAGGGCUCGAAAUGCUUCUCUCACCCUCAACGUUCAAUGCGUCAGUCAACCUAAAGCUGAGGUGGUUACUAAAGAGUCAUGGAACAAAAUGAUUCUAGAGAGUGGAAUCCCUGUCCUAGUUGAAUUUUAUGCUAGUUGGUGUGGACCAUGUAGAAUGGUGCAUCGAGUCAUCGAUGAGCUAGCUGCUGAUUAUGAGGGGAAGCUCAAAUGCUUUGUACUCAAUACUGACAAAGAUUUGCAAAUAGCCGAAGACUAUGAAAUUAAGGCUGUUCCUGUGGUUAUGUUGUUCAAGAAUGGGGAGAAGUGUGAAAGUGUCAUUGGUACCAUGCCAAAAGAUUUCUAUAUUGCUGCCAUCGAAAGGGUCCUCAAGCAGUAGGAUGGAUGCAUGGAAAUCAAAUGGGACAUCUUUUGCAAGGUUGACCUGACCCCCUUGAUUGUUCGAGCUGGUCGGAUAUUUUGUCGUAAAGCUUUACACUAGGCUACUAGUUCUUGAGCUGUAUAUAAGAAUAUACUUCACUGUUAAGUUUCUUACUGUAGUUAAUCGCAUAGCCCUCAUUAACCUAUGAUGAUGGCUACAUGGCAAAUCCACACUUCACUGUUAUGGUCUUUAGGUGAAACUACUUGGGAGUUCUGAGCCAUUUUCUUACUUAAAAAUUGCUUGCAUUUUUCGGUUUUUCUUUAUUAUUUCGAUAACAUUGGUGACGGAGGAUUAAAAUCUCUAACCUUUUGGUCGGGUAUUUGUAGUUUCACUUUUCUGAUGAUACGUUGGAUACCAUCAUUUGAUUAAAUAGGACUGAAGCAUUUUGAAA